CUCCGUGCCAGGCCCAGCCCCCAGAGACGCACCUGUUCUGACCUGCUGAGCAGGUUCCCAGGUUUCUGCCGUCGUUGUUGGCCACAGCGUGGGAAGCAGCUCUGGGGGAGCUCGGAGCUCUGGAUCACGGCUUCUUGGGGGUAGCUACGGCUGGGUGGGUAGAACGGGGCCGGGGCUGGGUCCCCCAGUACAGACCCAAGUACGAGAGGCAAGAACUCUGCAGCUUCCUGCCUUCUGGGUCAGUUCCUUAUUCGUCUGCAGCUGGCUCCCAGGGAGAUCUCAGUGGAACUUCCGAAACGCUGGGCAGUCUGCCUUUCAACCAUGCCCCUGUCCCUGGGAGCCGAGAUGUGGGGGCCUGAGGCCUGGCUGCUGCUGCUGCUACUGCUGGCAUCGUUUACAGGCCGGUGCCCUGCGGGUGAGCUGGAGACCUCAGACGUGGUAACUGUGGUGCUGGGCCAGGACGCAAAAUUGCCCUGCUUCUACAGAGGGGACUCCGGCGAGCAAGUGGGGCAAGUGGCAUGGGCUCGGGUGGACGCGGGCGAAGGCGCCCAGGAACUAGCGCUACUGCACUCCAAAUACGGGCUUCAUGUGAGCCCGGCUUACGAGGGCCGCGUGGAGCAGCCGCCGCCUCCACGCAAUCCCCUGGACGGCUCGGUGCUCCUGCGCAACGCAGUGCAGGCGGACGAGGGCGAGUACGAGUGCCGGGUUAGCACCUUCCCCGCCGGCAGCUUCCAGGCGCGGCUGCGGCUGCGAGUGCUGGUGCCUCCCCUGCCCUCACUGAAUCCUGGGCCAGCACUAGAAGAGGGCCAGGGCCUGACCCUGGCAGCCUCCUGCACAGCUGAGGGCAGCCCGGCCCCCAGCGUGACCUGGGACACAGAGGUCAAAGGCACAACGUCCAGCCGUUCCUUCAAGCACUCCCGCUCUGCCGCUGUCACCUCAGAGUUCCACCUGGUGCCUAGCCGCAGCAUGAAUGGGCAGCCACUGACUUGUGUGGUGUCCCAUCCUGGCUUGCUACAGGACCAAAGGAUCACCCACAUCCUCCAUGUGUCCUUCCUUGCUGAGGCCUCUGUGAGGGGCCUUGAAGACCAAAAUCUGUGGCACGUUGGCAGAGAAGGAGCUAUGCUCAAGUGCUUGAGUGAAGGGCAGCCCCCUCCCUCAUACAACUGGACACGGCUGGAUGGGCCUCUGCCCAGUGGGGUACGAGUGGAUGGGGACACUUUGGGCUUUCCCCCACUGACCACUGAGCACAGUGGCAUCUACGUCUGCCAUGUCAGCAAUGAGUUCUCCUCGAGGGAUUCUCAGGUCACUGUGGAUGUUCUUGACCCCCAGGAAGACUCUGGGAAGCAGGUGGACCUAGUGUCAGCCUCGGUGGUGGUGGUGGGUGUGAUCGCCGCACUCUUGUUCUGCCUUCUGGUGGUGGUGGUGGUGCUCAUGUCCCGAUACCAUCGGCGCAAGGCCCAGCAGAUGACCCAGAAAUAUGAGGAGGAGCUGACCCUGACCAGGGAGAACUCCAUCCGGAGGCUGCAUUCCCAUCACACGGACCCCAGGAGCCAGCCGGAGGAGAGUGUAGGGCUGAGAGCCGAGGGCCACCCUGAUAGUCUCAAGGACAACAGUAGCUGCUCUGUGAUGAGUGAAGAGCCUGAGGGCCGCAGUUACUCCACGCUGACCACGGUGAGGGAGAUCGAAACACAGACUGAACUGCUGUCUCCAGGCUCUGUGCGGACCGAGGAGGAGGAAGAUCAGGAUGAAGGCAUCAAACAGGCCAUGAACCAUUUUGUUCAGGAGAAUGGGACCCUACGGGCCAAGCCCACAGGCAAUGGCAUCUACAUCAAUGGGCGGGGACACCUGGUCUGACCCAGGCCUGCCUCCCUUCCCUAGGCCUGGCUCCUUCUGUUGACAUGGGAGAUUUGAGCUCAUCUUGGGGGCUUCCUUAAACAACCCCAUUUCUUGCAGAAGAUGCUCCCCAUCCCACUGACUGCUCGACCUUUACCUCCAACCCUUCAGUUCAUCGGGAGGGCUCCACUGAUUGAAUCUCUCCCAAAAUGCGUGCAGGUCACUGUGUGUGUGCAUGUGUGCCUGUGUGAGUGUUCACUGACUGUGUGUGUGUGGAGGGGUGACUGUGUCCGUGGUGUGUAUUGUGCUAUCAUAUCAGAGUCAAGUGAACUAUGGUGUAUGUGCCACAGGAUUUGAGUGGCUGCGUGGGCAACACUGUCAGGGUUUGGCAUGUGUGUCGUGUGGCUGUGUGUGACCUCUGCCUGAAAAAGCAGGUAUUUUCUCAGACCCCAGAGCAGUAUUAAUGAUGCAGAGGUUGGAGGUGAGAGGUGGAGACUGUGGAUCAGACCCAGGUGUGCGGGCAUAGCUGGACCUGAAAUCUGCCUCCGGUGUGAGGGAACCUGUCUCCUACCACUUGGGAGCCAUGGGGGCAAGUGUGAAGCAGCCAGUCCCGGGGUCAGCCAGAGGCUUGAACUGUUACAGAAGCCCUCUGCCCUCUGGUGGCCUCUGGGCCUGCUGCAUGUACAUAUUUUCUGUAAAUAAACAUGCGCCAGGAGCUUCUUGCAGGAAUACUGCUCCGAAUCAUUUUUAAUUUUUUUCUUUUUUUUUUUCUUGCCCUUUCCAUUAGUUGUAUUUUUUAUUUAUUUUUAUUUUUAUUUUUAUUUUUUAGAGAUGGGGUAUCACUAUGUUGCUCAGGCUGGCCUUGAACUCCUGGGCUCAAGCAAUCUUCCUGCCUCAGCCUCCCUAGUAGCUGGGACUUUAGGUGUAUACCACUGUGCCUGCUUUGAAUCCUUUACUAAGAGAAAAAAAAUUAAAGAAAGGCUUUAGAUUUAUCCAGUGUUUACUACUGGGAUUGCUUAAAGUGAGGCCCCCCCAACACGAGGGGGUUGAUUCCUGUGAUUGUGAAAGGGGCUCCUUCCAAGGCAUCUUCAUGCAGACAACCCCUUGGGAGGGCACCUGAGAGCUGGUGGAGUCUGGAAUUAGGGAUGUGAGCCUGGUGGUUACUGGGUAAGGUAAAGUUGCAUCCACAGUUGUUUGUGAUACCUUGGGGAGUUGCUUGGACUUGGUGCCAAGGUCUCCUGUUCCAUGGUGGUGUUGGGGAGAGAGAGAGCAGUGAUUAUAGACUGAGAGAGUAGGAGUUCAGGUGAGGUGAAGGAGGUGCUAGGGGUGAGAAUGUCACCUUUCCCUCUGGGUGUUGGAUCACUAAUUCAAGGCUCUUCUGGAUGUUUCUCUGGGUGGGGGCUGGAGUUCAAUGAGGUUUAUUUUUAGCUGGCACACCCAGAUACACUCAGCCAGAAUACCUAGAUUUAGUACCCAAACUCUUCUUAGUCUGAAAUCUGCUGGAUUUCUGGCAUAAAGGAAAGGCUCCCAUCCUUCAUUCCCCAGCCAGCCUAGGACUUUGAAUGUGGAGCCUGAAGAUCUAAGAUCCUAAUAUGUACAUUUUAUGUAAAUAUGUGCAUAUUUGUACAUAAAAUGAUAUUCUGUUUUUAAAUAAACAGACAAAACUUGUUCUGUC